AUGGCACCUGUGUUGAUUAGUAUCCUUCCCCUGUUGCUGAUACUUCAUUUUUUAGUUGAUGCAUCACCAGCAAGCGCGUCUAUAAGCGACCUUCCGAGUUCUGGAUGCGUCAAAGACACUGGCACUAUUCCGUUCGGAGUCUCAGCUGCCGGCGGAUUUCAGCUGGUGUAUGACCCCAGUGUCGGGGAGCCCAGACCUUGGUACAUCAACGAUCAUACUUUUAUAAAAAAUGCCAAAGACGGUACCUGGCAUCUGUUCGGUAUUACGCACACAAAUCCGGCUGACCCAACGGACGAGCAUGUUUUCGCGCAUGCAACGGCACCAGAAUUGUACGGCCCGUGGACUAAACAAGCAUUUGCACUGCACGUGGAUCCAUCUUAUGGUGAGACUCAUCUGUGGGCGCCGUAUGUGCUAAACGUGGAUGGCAUUUACCACAUGUUCUACUGUGGUGGCGGCAAUGACACGGCAUAUGCAAUCAACUUGGCUACUUCAACGGAUCUGUUUCAUUGGACCCGACGGCCAGAGGGUCCUCUGUUCCAUGAUGGCUAUGAUGCGAGAGAUCCAUUUGUUGUUCGAGUCGGCAACCAAUGGGUUAUCUAUUAUUGUGGUACUAGUGAGCCGACUGGUGGCCAUCAUUCUGUGCUCUAUCGAACCAGCGACGACCUGGUCAACUGGAGCGAGCGCCAAAUUGCAUUCAAAGAUCCCACAAUCGGCACCGGCGGUGGCAACACGGAGUCUCCAUAUGUAUAUGAGCAUAAUGGCCAUUGGUAUCUCUUCACCGGUCCGAGGCCGAGUCAAGAGGUGUAUGUGGGUACCGAUGUUUUUGUUAGCGAUGAUCCGUUUCACUUCGAUGUGUCGAACCGCGUCGGUCACAUCAGCUCCCAUGCUCUGGAAGUGAUCACGGACGGUGGGGUCGACUAUGUCUCCCAUUGUGGCUGGGGUCAAAACGGAGUCUCUUUAGCACCAUUAAGUUGGCCUACUUGGAGUGAGAUGUUGCGAUGCCCCGCAACGGCGCAACUGUUUGAAGAUUACUGA